GAAAUGAUAAUCUCUUCUGCUCUGUGAAAUGGUUCACACUGACUGAUUGCAACAGUCUAGUGGAAUUGAGAAAUUUCCAAUCCUUUUAAAUUUAAAGGUUAAAUUUGACUGAAGUAGAUCAAAUUUGCCUACAUUAGUUUAAUACGUUAUAUAUUAUUUAGUUUAUGUGCUCUUAGAAAUAUGUAGAUAGAUAAAUAACCAUAAAAAAGAGCUGUGCAAUUUACCACUGCAUGCAUGAAGACUAGUGUCAGCACAAACGCAGUGGCCCAGCUAACCACCACACACAGGCCUGAAGCAACGCCGCGUGCUGCCGUCGGCAAGAUCUCAGACAUCAGCAGCCAUGUGAUUGGACCCCAGCCCAUUGCAUAACCUGCUCAGAAAAAUCAAAUCAAACAAUAAAUAACAGGACAACAGAAAAUAACCUGCAACAAAUGUGAGAAGUGCUGGAUGGCCACCGAGAGCGUGAGGCUACACCGGUGGAGUGGUGUCUGAUUUUUGGUCACUUGGCUGCAUUCUCCUGGACAUGUUGAUACAUAAGGCCUGUGAACUGACUGUGAAACUGGACAGAGUUCAUCGAGUAUUGAAUACAUUAAAGGAUUACCCAAACGAGAAGGAUAUCAUCCUCCCUUGCUGCAAAAUCAUACAAAUUACACUGGAAAAAGACUGUUGUACUAUAGAAUCAUUUGCAGAUGCUGUGGAGACAUUGUGUAUUGUGGGUGACCUUCAUCUGCAAGAUGCAGUUGUGACAGAAUGUGUGUGCUUUGCUCUACAGUUCCUGAUUAAUCAAGGCAAUAUAGAGCACAUAAAUAAAGAUAUUAAGAAUUCCACUGGUCUCUUGAUGCAUGAACUUAGAACUGAUAUUGUGAACCAUGUCUUUGUCUCCAUCACCGGGUUAAUCAAAACAUCUGAUACUGCUGCUUUACAGCUUUUCCAUGUAACUGUUGAAAGGAAUGGUUUUUAUAACAUUUUGGCUGCACGAAGACACCAUUUCGAUAACCCAGAGAUCACAGAGAACUUUUGCCAUCUUGUGAAGCAGAUAAUCCAACAUGAUGCUGUAAUUCUAGAAUGGUUUGCUGAAAAUGUACAGGACGAAUUGGAGCAGAUAUUUGAACAUAAUGAGUCCACAACGGAGACUGUACUGUUGGCACAGGACAUCAUGUCAAAAAUGAUGAGUCUUAAUGACAUAGAGUCAAAAAAUUCAGCAUGAUCACCACCA